AUGAGCCGUAGUAGUUUCGAAAAUGACACCAACUACCUGCUAGACGUAGAGGCACUAUCUAGGGAACUACUGGCCAUCAGUUUGCAAUUUCACGACUCCUCCUCCCCAAACGAUUUGCAUGACGUAAUUGACAGCAUAGACGAUACAAUAACAACCAUUGAUUCCAAACUAGAAGGGUUUAUCACUUUGAACAAGAAGAAAUUACAACAAGACGUGACCAGCAUAGACUUACUACGAGUCAACAAACUAUCCGCGACGAUAAGAAAUGCGGCGAGGUUGUCUCAAGUGCUCACAAAUGCAGAUGAAUUGGGCCAUAGCCUAACAUACAAAAUAAAAUCGUUAGAUCAAGAGAUUGGGAACGUCAAUGAGACUUUAAACUAUGUCGAAAAUGUUCAAUCGCUAAAGAAUAACAUCAAGCAGAUAAAUUAUGCUAUCGAAGGUCAAAAUUGGGAGUUGGCGGCGCAAUGUAUUCAUGCAAUCAAUAGUUAUAUACCGCGUGAGCUAGUUCGUGGUGAAUUUGCAUCAGCAGUCAUUCCUUCUACAAACGUUCCAGAACUACCCGAGGCCAGUAUAAAUAACUGGAUCAAGCAACUAGUGGUUGUUUUCAAAAAACAGUUUAACGACGCGGCUUCAAAGAGAGAUGUCGAAAAGUUGACCAAAUAUUUCCAAUUGUUUCCCUUAAUCAGCCAGGAGGAAGCUGGACUAAACUGCUAUGCUAAAUUCAUAUGUGAAGUCAUUAGCGAAUCAUCAAAGAACUUGACACAAACAAUAAACAGUAUCACAUCUAGCGAUUUGAAGCCGGGUAUUUUUGACACUGUGGCAAUGCAGUUAUUUGAGAAUGUGUCCAUGAUGCUUUCACAGCAUGGUCCCUUAAUCAAACGAUACUACUUGUCCACUUACCCGGAUGCGUUAAUCUUUGUUGUUAACAGGUUACAGCGUGAAGUCGAUUUACAAAUUGGUGUCAUUGCAGAUACGUUUUAUGACGCGCGUCGAUUUGACAAGUUGUUUCAAGAUAUCAAGCUAUACAAGUUCCCUAUUUUAUCAAAGAGGCUUGACGAGUUGAGGGAGCAUCAUAUACAAGAACAUGGCCGCGUCAGCGAAGACCUCGAAAGCUUGGAUGAUCUCGUUCCUAUUCGACAUGUAGGCGAUUUGAUUUUGGAGUUGUCACUAAUUUUGCAUAGCUGGGCAUUGUACUGCAAGUUUAUCACCAUCAAGUAUUUUCACAAACCAGAAACACCAGAGUUGGUAUUACCCAAUAUCAUCACCAAAUCCAACUUUUCCAAAAAAGUUAACGAAAAACUUUUACCCGCAUUUGAAACUUUGUAUCAGUUUUAUUUCCGUCGAUCGUUGGAAAAAUCAAUCACCAUUGAGGAGGUGCCCAGCUUGGAAAUGUACUUGAAACCGGUACCUCGGUCGAAGUCACCAGACCACCCACCUUGCUCAUCAGUGAUUGAAGACUUGACCUUGAUUUUAAACAAUACUUUACGAAACGUGAUACAAUCUGGAUUUCCCACUGCUGUCAAGUCCUUUGUAACUGAGAGUUUCCAAGUCGUACAGCAAGACUUGAUCAAUGGAUACUUUAUUCGCAAUCUCAACGACAAUCAACCAAAGUACAACCAGUUGUUGUCGUUUUUGAGUGAAGAUGGAGGCUUAACUAGUCCUCGAGCUCAUUCGAGGAGCGGCACUCCCGAACCGCAUGGAACUGCAACAGCAACGACAGCGGCCUCUUCUGCAAAUGCUAGUUUCUUUAAAGGCGCGUCAAGCGCUUUUGGUAGUGUUGUAAGUGGAUCUGGUGCUAUUGUGGGUAGUUUACAAACUACCUCUUCAAACAGCCCCAAAUUGAUGAAUUUUGUCGUUUAUUUGAAUUCCGUUGGUGUUGCUCAAGAAUACUUUACCAAAAUUAUCAACAACAUAAAAUCACAAGCUGCAUCAAAUGCAGGGUUUAUUGAAACAAAUUUUCCCUUUGGUAAAGAUGCCGAAAAAAUCAAAACGAUAUUGAACCAGGACUUUUUGGACCCAUUUAUGGUAAUAAGCAAUAGGGUCAUCAAUGAGAGUUUGAUCAAUUUAUACAAUCAAUCAAUCAAACAACGUUUAAUUAGUAUGGUGAAUGACUUGGUGACAGAUGCUAAUGACUCCAAUUACAUUUUAUACUCUACAACCCAAGUUAAUGACCCAUCGCUACUCAUUAGAUUCAAAUCCAAUUGGACAUCGUUGACUAAACCAUAUUUGCAAACGUUGCACCAAUCAAUAUGGCACAAGCUAUUGCGAUUGAUUGUUAUAAAUUUGGUCAAUUUGAUUGAAAGGAAAUUGCAUCUAGUAUUGAAGAGGUUUAAAAUCAAUGAGUUGGGCUCAGUCAAGUUGGAAAAAGACAUGAGCUUUGUCAUUAAUGAAGUUUGUGAAGAUAAUUAUCAAUUACGAGAAAAAUUUGUAAAAUUGACUCAAUUGGUUUUGCUUGUUGGUAUGGACGAUGAUGAAUAUGAAGAGAGCAAAGAUCCAUUGGUUGGCUCUGGCAAGAAUAUUGUUGAUGAUGGGUUGGACGAUGGAGUGGAAGGAGAGCAAGAAGCAGAAGAGUACUCUGGUAUCAAUUGGAUUUUGACUCCUCAAGAAAGAGAACAAAUACGUAGUUACAGGGUAUAG